UAAAAGAAUAUAAGGAAUUACUAAUGUUAGCUGGAGCUUCGGAAAUAGCACCACCAAGACCACCAUCACCAAAUCCAAUUUUCGAUCAAAAAGAUAAAUUGUUCAUUUCUUUGCAAAAUAAACUUGAAAUACAGAAUAAUAAAUAUCAUGAUGUUAUUUUCAUUAUUGGUAAAGAAAAAAUCGGAGCUAACAAAUAUGUACUUUCAGCUGCUUCAACGUAUUUCGAUAGAAUGUUUUACAGCGGCUUAAGUGAAUCAACAAUGGACAAAUCUGAGAUUAUAAUAAGAGAUACUCGCCCAGAAAUUUUUCGGGUAUUGCUCCGAUGGUUAUAUGGAAAAUCGUUUGAAGAAGCAAUAAAAUCUGUCUUACACAAUAUUCCAGCAGGACAAAGUUAUGAAACUUAUUACUUAACAUUUUUGGUUGAUUUGUUAAAGGCAACGGAUUAUUAUGGUGUUGAACUCAAGGAUGAAGUAGAAGAUAUAAUUAUAAAUAGUUCCCUUAUUGGUGUUACUAAUGUGUGUGACAUUUUAAACCGAGCAAAAGAUUCUGAUGCAAAACGAUUAAAAGAUUUCUGUGAACAAUAUAUUGAAUCAAAUAGAGAACUUAUCGUUAGAAUCUAACGUGGAUGCAAAAGAAACAUCAAAAAUUUCACAUAUGUUAUAUUUCUUA